UUUAUUAUAAAGUAACAGUAUCUCGUCUUAAACAAAAUAUGUAUUAAUAUAAUUAAAAAAAAAUUAAAGAAAGACUGUUUAAUCUUAUUCAAAAUUUCAAAGAAAUAUUUACAUCACGUAAUGUAUUCGUACCGUUGCAGUUAAAAAAGUAUUAUGAACGAUUUCAGUAUUGAACUUGUACAAAAGCAAUUUCUAUGUUGUACUCCUUUGCAAAAGUUCAAAUGGCCUAAUUUUUCUAAUAUCGAUGAAAAUUUGCAAAAGCAAAUUAUUAAGGCAACAAUAAACAACAAUAUAGUAUUGAAGUAUCCAAUAAAACAUUCUUAUAGGAAAGCUUUCUUAAAAUUAUUUAUUAACAAGUUGGAAGAAAGUAAACAAGAGAUAAACGAUGACAUUUAUAAUACCUAUUGCAAUACAACAGCUUGCUCAGAUGAAUAUAUGGCAAUGCAUUAUCGACAUUUUAUUUUAAAUAAUCAAGUAACUAAUAUCAUUAGUUUGAAAGAAAGUACUAACAUCAUAUCUGAAGGUACUACUGGACUAUGCAUAUGGAAGGCAGCAUUUAGUUUAGCCGAAUGGUGUAUUUUUAAUAGACAAAGAAUUUUUAAUAAAAAUGUUUUGGAACUUGGUUCAGGUGUUGGCCUCGCAGGUCUCAGCAUUGUAAAUAGUUGCAGUCCGAAAACAUAUUAUUUUUCAGAUUGCCAUCCAACAGUUAUACAAACUUUAAAAGAAAAUGUAUGCUUGAAUCUUUUAGAAAACGAAAAGUAUUUGUGGAAAGAGGUUUUAUCUAAUAACAGAAUAUCAUAUGAAAAAAAAGCAUCAGAAGUGACAACAAAAGUAGAAAUUCUAAACUUAAAUUGGGAAGAUAUUGACUGUUUAGAUUUGAAAAGCAUGAAAUUAGAUGUAGUUAUUGCUUCUGACAUUUUGUAUGACAGUAAAAUGUUUGAACCUUUGGUGGUUGGUUUGAGAAAACUAUUAACAUCAACUGUUAAAUAUAUAAUUAUAGCAGCAACAAUUCGAAAUGAAAUUACUGUAUCAGAAUUUUUAAAUAGACUGGAUAAAAAUGGUCUAGCAUUCAAAGAAGAAACAGCGUCGACGUCGCAAAUAUUUAUACAGUCAGAAGACACACCCGUUAGGUUAUUAAAAAUCUUUAGGCAAAGUAAAUAAAUACAUUAUUUUAAUUUGAUAAAAG